CAGCUCUUUGAAGCAUGUAGAAAUAAUGUUAUCUCUUUAAUAUCAAGACAAGAAAUGCUGAAUCAUGUUUUUAUUUUGUAAUUUUUAAUGCUUGCUUUUAUUACUUAUUGAAACUAGUCCGUACUGCUCUUACACCAAAGGCUGUGCUAUAGAUCAAAACGUGUAAGGGAAUCGACUCGAUCAGAGAGUCGUUUGGAAAAGAACCGAUUCGACCAUAAAGUUGCUCAGUGAUGACGUAAGAUCGAUCCGGGUUGAACGAGAGAGAACAGCGCCACGUCGGCAGAGACAGAGAGAGAGGGAGAGAGGGAGAGAGAGAGAGAGAGAGAGAGAGAGAGAGAGAGAAAUAAUUCAGUGAGUCGGUUUAGAUGAAUCACCUGACGGCGUACUGACUCACAGAAGCUCCGCUGCAGAAAACAUGGUGAAGAGCGUGAACAGUGAGGCACAACACAGCAUCAGUGCAAUAGAGCAAGACACACAUCAUCAUGGGACCACAGAUGACAGUAAGAAACACGUUGCCACGGCUCCUGGGGUCCUGUGGCACGUCACCGGGGGUGUCUUCAACGUCACCAAAGGCGUUGUCGGGGCAACUGUAGGCGGAGUCACCUGGUUGGGGGGGAAAGGCCUGGAAAUCACCAAAUCGGCUGUCAGCUCAGUGCCUUCAGUGGGUGUCGGCCUGGUGAAAGGCGGAGUCUCGGCUCUCACAGGAGGCGUGUCCACAGUGGCCAGCAAAGUUCCAUUUACAGGCAAGAGGAAGGACAAAGCAGAAUGAGAACGAACAUGAGGAUAAACAAGGCACUGAGACGUGCAGGACAAAUACUACGUCUGUGUUACAUCACCAACACAGUCGCUAUCACAGACACUAUCUGUUUUAUUAUUUCUGAUUUUAAGCUUUAAAAUGCUGGUAUUGUUAAACUUGCUGUUACUAAAAGAUGUAGUUUUUGAAGAAACUCUUCAUCUGCCUGAAAAUCUCAACAAAACAUGACACCUUAUUAGGUGUGUGUGUGUGUGUGUGUGUGUGUGUGUGUGUGUGUGUGUGUCUGUAUAGGUUGGAUAUUGCUGUCAAUUCUAGAAUGUUUUUCUUUCAUCUUUCAGCUUUUCCCGCCACAGUGAAUCAUCUGUUUCCAUCUAACUCUAUCCUCGUCAUCCUCUACUCUCACAAUCAGUUACCUUCAUGUCCUCAUGUAACACAUCCAUAUAUCUCCUCUUUGUCCUUCCUCUUGACUCGUUCCUAAUCCUGUCCAUUCUCAUCACUCCUAAAGAGAACCUCAACAUCCUCAUCUCUGCUACCUCCAUCUCUGCCUCAUGUCUUUUCCUCACUGCUACAGUCUCUAACACACACAUCAGAGCUGCUCUCACUACUGUCUUCUACACCUUUCCUUUCAUUCUUACUGACACUCUUCUGUCACACACACACACACACACAACACUCCUGACACUCUUCUGUCACACACACACACACACACUCCUGACACUUUUCUCCACCCACUCCAACACGCCUACACUCGUCUCUUCACCUCUUUUCCACACUCCCCGUCACACUGGACGGUUGACCCCUUAUAUAUUUAAACUCCUGCACCUUCUUGACCUCCUGUCUGACUUCCUGUCCAUCACCACAGCAAACAAGAGGGGGCUCAAAGCCGACCCUUGAUGUAUCCCCACCUCCACCUUAAACUCCACUGUCUGACCUACAGCACAUCUCACUGCUGUCAUACACAUCCUGAACUCCUCUGCCACUCCUGACAUCCUCAUACAGCUCCAUAGAAACUAUAGAAUGUAAUAUCUUGAAAUAAAAUUCAUUUAAAAUAAA